AUGCUUAUAUGUCCAUCAGGUAGCCUAGCUGUAUUUGGUAUACGUACAAGAUUUGACGAAGACGAUCCAACCAUAAAACGUCUAGAAUUUUAUCCCGCUGCUCUAUCAAUGGAACUAAGCGACUAUUUGGAUGAUGGCCCCAUAUCAAUUCCACGUCGUGAAGCGUUCCAAAUAUAUAUUGCUGACAUAAUGAAACUACUUGCUAAAGAUGCAGGAAUAACAGAUAUAAAUGUUGAAAUUCGAGCGGUCACUGUUGCAGGUGACGUAUUUAGUGUUGAAAGAUAUCUAGCAGACAGCCUUCGACGUAAUCCUACUACCAAUGCGCCAAUAACAACCGACUUACAAAAUAUAUCAGCACAUUUUAGAUUUGAAUUUGAUCGAUUAAUUUCCCAUGAAUUAGACGAUCCAGAUAGUAUCUCAAAACUGACACCAAUCUAUUUGACAAACGACAAGUACUUUCUGGACGCUUUUGACUUGAUAACAGAGCUGGACAAUCCGUUGUUUGCCCGAAUGGUUCAUAAUUAUCUUCGAUGGCGUCUUGUUGCGACCUACAUCAAUGAUUUGCCAUACAGUUAUGUUCAUAAACAUCGAGAAUAUCUUUCUGCUUACUAUGGUUAUACUUUGCAUUCGACAAACGAAGAUUAUUGUACACGUGAAGUUAUUCGUCGGUUUCCAUUUGCCAUUCAACGUUUAUAUACGAUGAAUUCAACAAAAUAUUCUAAUGCAGUUACAACGGUAGAAACAGUCUCAAAUGAAUUAAUCAAAUCAUUCAAGACCUAUAUUGAUAAAAAUGCGAAAUGGAUGGUUGAUGUAAAAACAAGAAACAUGGCCAAAGAGAAAUUGAAUGCAUUGACAACGGCGAUUGGUUAUGCAUCGAUUUCGUCCAAUGAUGCUUCACUGGAUGAUUAUUAUGACAAAUUUGUUGUAACAGCUGAUGCACAUCUUCAAAACUCAUACAGCUAUCAUCAUUUUCAUCGUUCGGUUUUAUCCAAUGCGCUAAAAAAUCCAAAUUUAUUAGAUCAUUGGGAUUUUUUUGAAACAAGACCAAAUCGACUUUUUGACUAUAUUGCAGUUUUUAAUCGACUAUUUGUUAUUGCUAGUGGUAUGCAUGAACCACUUGUUAAUACUGAAUGGCCAUGGUAA